AUGCCGAUGGGCUUGGCGGAGCACACCGCUCUCCGCAGGCUGCCCGGGGUCAGGAGCAAUCGGGCGGCUUCUCACCGCCGCACCUCGCAGCAGCCGUACCUGCAGGGCCGCUGCGUGUCCCGGUGGGGUGGCAAAAAAAAAAAAAGCCCUUCUCCCCGCCUUGCGGUCCUGGAAGAAGAGGAAAAUGCCUGCCUCUGCCAAAAACCUGGCUAUGCAAGCCGAGUCACCUCAGAGCUCCAGAAGAGCCGGUGCAUACUGGCGAAGCUGAGACGGAGCCUGGCAACAGCCUCUGAGAGCCCAGCCACUUCUCAGCCCUCCUUCCCUGAACCUGCACCACUCCCAGCGGCACCAGCGGUGAGCUGGGAGCACCGACCACCACUGAACUGCAGCCCAGGAGGGCACAGCUUUCUCCCGUCUCUGUCCAAAAGGAACCCAGUCACCAUGACUUCCGCAAUCAUCCCGUUCACCAGGACUGAUGGAGCACAGAUGUACUCUCGAGGGAGUGAGCGCAAACCAGAACCCUCAUCUCUGGAAAAUGCUUCCCAGGAAGAACCAUCUCCUCACCAUCACGUAUCCCAAAGGACCUACGGAGAAGACAGAGCAGGAAAUUAAGCAGAAAAGUGAGUUCCUAGGACUUUUGCUACUUUACCCCUUUAAGGUUCUCAAGCAGGAUUUACGAUCACAUUGUGUUCAGAGACACAGAGCACAGUGUUGUGCUAACAGGUAAGCAGGAAACAACCACAGUGAGAUACAGAUCUGCAGUGCUUUA